AUAAUAUCAUAUGAUAAUGGUUUCGGCAUCGCGGUCUCUCGGGUUUAUUUUUAUUUAGAUAAAGAAAACUAAUAGAUAACAAAUUAUCGCGAUACUUAUAUAAAGCGUUUUGCGCUCCUCCCUCAUAUUUAGCUACUAGUUACAGCAGUUUACAUAGGUGUAAAGAGUGUUAUAAAUUUUAAUGAUGAAGUUUUGUGCGAAUCUCAGUUUUAUGUUCACUGAAGGCAAAAGUAUUAUUGAACGGUAUGCUUUGGCAAAAGAAGCAGGUUUUAAAGCUGUGGAGUCAGGGUUUCCAUUCGGGCAUUCCUUGAUUGAAGUAAAACAAGCAAAAGAGAAUGCUGGUCUACAGCAAGUAUUGAUAAAUAUUAAAACAGGAGAUCUUACCAAAGGAGAGUUGGGUGUAACAGCUGUUCCGGGUAUGGAGUCCAAAUUCAAGGAUAUGUUGAAUGAAACCAUAGAGUAUGCAUUAGCUCUUGAUGCAAAGAAAGUACACAUAAUGGCUGGGAAAUUGGAAAAUGUCAAUACCAGUAACUGGGAGACUUAUGAGAAUAAUCUGAAGUAUGCUGCCGGGGAAUUGGCUAAGGCCAACCUUGUUGGAGUUAUAGAGCCAAUCAACCAACACUCUGUGCCCCAAUACUUUUUGAGUGAUUUUGGAAAAGCUGUGGAUAUAAUAAAGAGGAUAAACAGUCCCCACCUGAAGUUACAGUUGGACAUCUUCCACUUGCAGCACAUUUGUGGAGAUCUGUCAUAUAAUAUUAAAAACUUGAUGCCAUAUGUAGGCCAUGUGCAGAUAGCACAAGUGCCAAAUCGCAAUGAGCCAGACACUCCAGGAGAAAUCAACUACCCAUAUAUCCUACAGUUGCUAAAGGAUAAUGGUUACAAUGACUGGGUGGGGCUGGAGUACAAGCCUAAAGGAAACUCGAAGGAGGGAUUGCAGUGGAUCAAGAAUUAUGGUUACAGUCUGUGAUUUAAUAAUAAUUUGAGUGAAUAUUUUUCUAUAUUGAAUAGGUAUAUAUUUAUUUUUAUAUUUUAUAGACUAGUUAGAUAAUUAUAUCCUAUUUAUUUAUUUAUAUAUUUUACAUGUUACAAUGAUAAUACAUUUUUAUUUAAAUUUUA